AUGAGGCGUGGGACACAGGAUGGGAAGUACAUCACGCUGAACGCGUUGGGCGAACGGUUGGACAAGGAGGCCUUAACGAACCCGGCCAUCGAGGUGCAGCCCUCGCCCAACCGAGACUACUUCGAGAUCCGAGGGCGCGGGGAGAUGCAACUGGGGAUCCUCAUCGAGGAGAUGCGACGUGAGGGCUACGAGAUGUCCCUCUCCCCGCCCACGGUGGUGAAGAGCCAAGGCGAGGAUGGCACCAUCCUGGAGCCCUGGGAGGAUGUGCAGAUCGAGGUGGACUUGAGUCACGGCAGUCAAGUGAUGGAGCGCAUGUCCGUGCGCGGAGCGAAGGUCCAGGACAUGAACACCGUGGGCGAUCGCCAGACGAUCAAACUGGAGGCCUCCACCUCUUCGAUGCUGGGCCUCCGAAGUUGGUUGAAGGAGAUUACUGGUGGGACUGCUACAGUCGUGUCAGACUUCAAGGACAUGAGGCCGCAGGGCCCCAAGCCGCCGAAAGAUAGGAGCGGGGUGUUGGUGGCCAACACUGCUGGGACAGCUACCAGCGUGGACCUGGGGAAGGCUGCUCGCCUGGGAAAGCUCUUCAUUGCGGAAGGCAUCGAAGUGUACCCAGGAAUGAUCUUCGGCGAGAACAAUGGCAUGAAUGACAUUGACACCAACAUCGCCAGGAAGCACGACGGAUACCAGACGGCCGCCAACUUUCAGACGGCUGAGAAGCGGCUGGAGGAGGCCCUAAGCUACAUCUUGGACGAUGAGAAGCUGGAGGUCACCCCCAAGCGGAUUGCCAUGCGCAAGGCCAUCCUGGAUGCCAACGAGCGCCGGAUCGCCGCCAAGGCUGCCUCCAAGCGAUGA